AUGUUCGUCAAGUACAGCACAAUAACCAGGCUGCAGAACGCUUCCCAGCACUCAGGACCCCUGUUCAAGCCUCCACCACCCUCAGUGAUGCAGUCUCUGACCUCCACCUCCCAGUCAGGAAAGCCUCAGAUCCUGGUGCCCCCCAGUGGAGUCGUGCCCCCACCCCCUCCUCCGCCCCCGCCCCCCACCCCAGGCUCAGCCAUGGCGCAGCUCAAACCGGCACCCUGCACCCCAUCCCUCCCGCAGUUCAGCCCCCCACCCCCUCCACUGAAGGUUCAUCACGCCCAGCAUGCCGCCCAGGCGGCCCCUCCGACACCGCCGCCACCCCCUCCCGUCCCUGCACCCCUGCCUCCCCAAGCGCCCCCCAAGCCCCUUGUGACGGUGCCCCUACCAGCCAGCACCAAGACCGUGCCACCUGUUACGACACAAGCUGUGCCACCCACGCCUGCUCCUCCAGCUCCCCCAGCAAAAAAGCAGCCCGCUUUCCCUGUCUCCCACGUUCCCCCCCCUUCCCCUGCCCCCCCUGCUCCAGCCCCCCCCCCAACAUUGCCUAAGCAGCAGAGCUUCUGUGUAAAGCCACCUCCGUCCCCGCUGUCCCCGGUGCCCUCGGUCGUGAAGCAGAUCGCCAGCCAGUUUCCGCCGCCUCCAGCCCCUCCUCCCGCAGAGCAGCCCUUCAAGCCUCCCUCAGCAAAUGUGGCCCCACAGUCCCCUCCUGCUGUAAAAGCAAAACCCAAGUGGCAGCCCAGCUCUAUCCCUGUCCCCUCUCCGGAUUUCCCUCCUCCUCCACCUGAGAGCAGCCUGAAACUAAAUCUUUCUGGAGUGAACCUUCCCGGAAUUCUCCAACAAGGGUGUGCGUCGACAAAAGCAUCUGUCCUGAGUGGGCGUGGAAAGGACUCUGUGGUAGAAUUUCCUUCUCCUCCAUCCGAUUCUGACUUUCCGCCGCCUCCGCCUGAAAUAGAGCUGCCUCUGCCCCCCAUAGAGAUUCCAGCUGUAUUCUCGGGAAACACCUCUCCAAAAGUGGCCGUCGUCAAUCCCCAACCACAGCCAUGGUCCAAAACAUCAACGAAGAAAGCCCCUCCACCCACACGACCCAAACGGAACGACAGCACCCGCCUCACUCAAGCGGAGAUCUCUGAGCAGCCAGCCGUGGCCGCCGUCGCGCCGCAAGUGCCCACCUCCCCCAAGUCCAGCCUUAGUGUCCAGCCUGGAUUCCUCGCUGACCUCAACAGGACACUGCAACGGAAGUCCAUCACCCGGCAUGGCUCGCUGUCCUCCUCCCGCAUGUCCAGAGCAGAACCCACGGCCACCAUGGAUGAUAUGGCAUUGCCGCCGCCCCCCCCGGAACUGCUUUCUGAUCCACAGAAGGCCGGUUUCGGAGGUAGUCAUAUAUCGGGCUAUGCAACGCUGCGGAGAGGACCCCCUCCCGCCCCCCCCAAAAGAGACCAGAACACCAAGCUCUCAAGAGACUGGUAGUGGCUACCGUUGGACUUUAUUUUCAUGGUAUCUGUAACCAGUUCUACAAUCAGCUCACCUGAUCACCUGUGAUUCUGGUGUUCAGAGCCUCCUAGUAUGAUGAUGUGGUUAUUCAGGUAGAACCCAGCUGUAUGUGUGCGUACGUGUGCGUGGACACACAUAGCUCUGCAUAUGUAGGUAGUGUGUGUAUGUAUAUGUAUGUAUAUGUACACAUAUAUGUAUGUGUAUAUGUAUAUAUAUAGCUCAGAGUGAGUCUAUUUAUUCCUUUUCUCUCCUAAUCUGAAAAUGGGUUGUGUAUUUUGGGUGGAAGAGACACGGAAGGGGAUGUGUGUCCUGUCCCUUAACGAUUUGUUAUGUAUCCUGUGGAUUGGACCAAAAACUCCCAGUGACUGACUUAGAAGGCAUUUGUAAGUGUCCACGUGCAGCCUACCUGUGCAUGUCGUGUGUUAUAUAUUAAGGAUUAGGUGUAUGACCUGCUGUUUCUCAGUUGGAGAAGACAACAGAACGUUCGGUGUAUCGAUGGGGCUUUUGUGCCUGUUUCUCCCCAGUCGGCUGAAGUUCGAACUGCUUGGCUGACACUUGCUCACUUACACGCGAAGGGCACUUUAAGUCGGGAAGCGGCCAGCAGCCUGGGUGGGUCCCUGGCGCGCGCGGGCAGUUUGCACAGCUGCCGUGUCCGUCUGCGCUCGCGCACGGGGAGUAAACACGCGUGUGACCGAACCGUUCUAGUUGCAGUAGUGCCGCCCUGAUCCCACCUGUGUCUAGGUUGUGUUCUGUCACAGGUAAGCUCUUUGUCUACAAUCCAUGGAUAAUUUAGUACUGUAAUCCCGGGGAGUUCUUUUUAUACUGUUGGACUCUUUCCUGAGCUUUGCGAAGCCUCGAGUUUGGCUUCGUGAUCCUUUGGUUUUGCUUUGUCGUUCGAGAGUAUCUGACGCAGUACCCCUGGAAUGCUCCGUCCCGGUCUGUCUUUGGUCCCCAGGUAUCUUGUGUGUGCUUUAGGUAGACGUGGAUAGUAGAGAUCUGUAGACAGUUGCUAUUUCAAGUAUACAUAUCCCAUGUCCAAUACAGUGCAUCAUGACAAAAAAACAAAAUUAGCUUCUGAAAUAA